AGCGGGUCGUCUCUUGUGUAUGUAGGGUCGUUCUGUAGCGUCUCCGGGAGAUGGCCUCCGUGGGAGCCCUCCGGUCGCCCCUACCCGCUGCGGGGUGCUUUCCUGGCGUCACGCCUUCCUGGCCCCUGGAGGGAAGGAAGUGAAACUCUCCUUCCCACCCACACGGCUGGAAUGCGAGUCAGGAAGCCUGGGGCUCCAGCCUGCUCCGGCUGGCCAGACGGGAGAUGGGGAGGGGCGUGUCCGGAGCGUAAAGCCCCGCCCCUCGUCCCCCCGGAAGCCCCGCCACCGCCUGGUAAGGCGAUCACGGGCCCUUUCCUAAUAUGGGCAACCGGAAGCGGCCCGCGCCACUGUCCUACGUCACUCCGUCCAAAUUUAGUUGUGGAAGUCAGCGGGCGCUGGUGGCGGGAAGGCGCCGCGAGCCAGAGCGGGCGGAAACCGGAGGCGCACCACCCCUUAAAGGGCCCGCACCAGGAAUGAAUGGAGCCAUUCGAACAAGUCUGCAUCCUUUUUUUGGAGGAAUUGCAAUUAGGAUUUCUUGGAGAGACAGCGUGUAUCGGAGGGUAGGGCGGAGGUUUUCUGUUUGCUGUGUCUCUGCAUUGCUGGGUUUCAGCUCCCAACCGAACCCCGCCUCCCGGAGCGCGGAGGCGGAACUCGGCCCCCUUGUCUGGGGGGCGGCAGCCACGUGUUCACGGGGACUGUCGUGCGCGCCGGGUUCGCAGCCGUGCGAGCUCUAAACCCACCCGUGGAGCUCCUGUCGCAGGAGACUGCGGGGGAAUGGCUUGGUACGAAUCACGGGAACCCGCAGCCCGGGGAGGCUCACCGCCUACAAGCAAGGGCUGUCGUACGCUAGAGACCGAAGAGCUGGAGGCCCCAGUGGCCCCCGUUCACAGCAGUAGCAAAUAUUGUUUACCAAAUAUUGGCCCAGUGACUGUGCCUUGGUUUCCCCAUUUGAAAGAAGCAGAUAGAACAGUAUCCUCCGAGGAGUGAAGGCUGCGGUUCGGUGAUAAAAGGAGAGCUCUUAACCUAGCCUGGCACGUAGUAAGCGCUGUUAGCAUGAUUAUUGGUGCAGAAAACACUCAUUAGACACACCUGGUAAAUGCUAAGAACAGUGGCCACACGGGAUGGUCAGGCUGGAACCCGGGUCUUUCUCUGUGUGAAGGGAAACUUGCCACCCACGACCCACUGGGGCCUCCAGACGCGAGCAUGUGGGUAGGCCCUGAGCCCCACCCCCGGUCCCCCUUCCCUGGGCCAAGGCGCUGAUGCAUCGGCAAGGCUGAGAGAAAGGAGCCCACCCAGAGAGCUCAGCGUGGAGUGGGGGGAAGCUUCGCCAGGGUUCCCGUCCCCUUUCCCUGCUGGGUAAAUCGCAUUCUGUCGCUUUAAGGAGUGUUUGGCCGCGACGAGUUGGAAAGCCCGGAUGCGUCCUUCGGUUGGGCGGGGUUUCUCAGUGACGUCACUGGGGGUAUAAAAGGGCCUGGGUGGCGGGCGCCCGGGCAGAGCGUCCUAGCAGUGUCACUGCGUGGGUUGGUUCGUGGAGAGAGACGUGAGCGAGCCCGUUGUCCGGAGUGCACCUGCUCCCUGUUCUGUCCGUCCCGGGAGCCCACGCCGCCGUCGCCGUCGAGUCGCCAUGGAAGUGCAGAAGGAGGCACAGCGCAUCAUGACCCUGUCGGUGUGGAAGAUGUAUCACUCCCGCAUGCAGCGCGGUGGCCUGCGGCUGCACCGGAGCCUGCAGCUGUCGCUGGUCAUGCGCAGCGCCCGGGAGCUCUACCUCUCGGCCAAGGUAGAGGCCCUCGAGUCCGAGGUGUCCUUGCCGCCCGCCCUCCCCUCUGACCCUCGCCUGCACCCGCCCCGGGAAGCUGAGUCCACGGCCGAGACAGCGACCCCCGACGGUGAGCACCCGUCUCCGGAGCCCAUGGACACGCAGGAGGCGCCGACAGCCGAGGAGACCUCCGCCUGCUGUGCCCCGCGCCCCGCCAAAGUCAGCCGCAAACGACGCAGCAGCAGCCUGAGCGACGGCGGGGACGCUGGACUGGUCCCGAGCAAGAAAGCCCGUCUGGAAGAAAAGGAGGAAGAGGAGGGGGCGUCAUCCGAAGCCGCCGAUCGUCUGCAACCCCCCCCGGCGCAAGCGGAGGGCGCCUUUCCCAACCUGGCCCGCGUCCUGCAGAGGCGCUUCUCCGGCCUCCUGAACUGCAGCCCCGCGGCCCCUCCGACGGCGCCGCCCGCUUGCGAGGCAAAGCCCGCCUGCCGCCCGGCGGACAGCAUGCUCAACGUGCUCGUGCGGGCCGUGGUGGCCUUUUGAGGACCCCGAGCGGCGCUGCCGGAGCCCAGAGCGCGCGUCGAACCGUCGGCCGGAGGGCGCAGACCUGAGACGAGGCCACCCCCCUCCAUCCCGGUGGGAGCGCCCGCGAAAACCGUGGAGAGAAGCCGCCGCCCGGGCUGCUGAGAGGCCCGGAGAGGGACUCUGUCCCCGGGGAGCCAUCGCCUUCAGUGUGCAGCGACGGCACCGAGGAGUCUGAGCCGGGGGCGCGGGCGCCUUCCGCAGAGACCUGCGCCCACAGGUGCUGUCUUAGUGGACUGGGACGUGAACCUUUCGCUCUCCUUCUGGACUGGGAGAAGGGAGGCUUGGGUUUUUUGUAUUUUUGUUUGGUUUUGUUUUCUAGAUCUCCUCAGGGUCCAACUUGAUUUUGUACUGGGGGCUGUGCUGGCCCUUUUCAAGAGUUGGUUUUGCGUUUCCAACCUCGGAGAAUUCCAGGCACUCCCCUUCCCCCUCCGCUAACAUACUUGUGUAAGCGGUCAUCGUUGCGUCAUGGGGCAGGCGUGGGGAGCUUCCUGUCGCCUUGCGUGGGUGUGGGGCCUGGGAGGAGGGUCUGGGGUGUGCACCCGCCCUGGGGAGUGGGGAGGAGAGUGGCCUGAGUCACUUCACCCCCGCGUGCUGCUGGUUAAUGUCCCGCCUCUCCACCUUCGGGUGGGAGCGGGGGCUGAUCUAGUUUCACAUUGAAGUUUUUCUCAUCUGUAUUAGAGGUGCCCAGUAGGUUCCCAGGUUUCAGCGUGCCCCUCCCUCAGACACGGACACAAUCAUCCCAGAAGUUCCUGGUCUGAAUCACCAGAAUGUUGGAGGGGUGGGGGUGUCAGUGGAAAGGCAUAAAGCUGAGCUGAGACCAGUUGCUGGUGAAACUGGGCCAAUCUGGGGAGGGGAACAUCCUUGCCAGGGAGCUCCUGAGGGUCCGUUUUGUUUACCUUUCGUGUGGUGAAUUCUUUUUAACUCCGUCUACCUGGCGUUUUGUUAGAAAUGUCAGAUAGGAAAAUAAAGACUAUUUGAGUAAAAAA